UACAGAAAGCGUUGGAUGCAUAAGCACAAAGUCUUGUGAAAAUCCUUUCAAGAGAUUAUUCAAAUAAAAUUUGGUGUCUGGUAUUUGCUAAACUUUAUACUUUAAUUCCAGUUCCUGAAUUUACAGCUAAUAUUCGCCUUGACAGACAUCAGAAGAAUACAUCGCCAAAGGUUACUUUGUGCAGCUGGCGAGUAUUUUUAAGCGACGAAUUGAGGGAAACCCGUGAAAAAACCUGAAUAGAUAGCUACUUAGACAAUAGAUAAGAGCAAAGAUGUAUUAUGAUGCUCUCGCUGUCUUUUGAGGUAUUCCACCACUGGUGAAGGAUUAACAAGAUAUUCUGCAAAAUCCCAUUAAUCAAAGAAAGUCUCGCCGCAUUAACAUUCUCAGUCAAACAUUUGAAAUUAAAAAGAACUUUACGCUUCUUUCGGUGAUGAAUAUUUCAGAUCAAAGCUACGUGUUAACGUCAACAGCGAUGGCAAAUAAUUCUGAUAAUUCAUCAUCUCUCCUUGGUGAACAACGAGUAUUGGUUAAUGGCUCUUUAAGGAACCAAACGUUUCCACUCAUCGGGUAUGCCGACCAUUUUGAAGGCACAAUAGAUCUUUACAAAGUAAUUUUGCCAUGAUAGAUGUCUUUGGUAUUGUUGGUAAUUGUCUCGUGAUAGCAACAAUAAUACUCAAUCCUAACAUGAGAUCGACAAUCUAUUACUUGCUCGCAAAUCUUGCUUUUUCCGAUCUGCUCUUUGCUGUAUUGGCACCUUUCCACGUAUCCAUGCUGUUGGAUAACUACAACUGGAAAUAUGGUGAGAUAUUUUGUCGUGUAUAUUACUUCAUCUUUCGUUCCUUCUACACUUUCUCCAUCAUGAAUCUCAUCCUCAUAACGGUGGAGCGUUUCCUGGCGACGAGGUAUCCAUUAUCUUUCCGAGCUAAUCCUAAACGCACCGUGGCAUUGAUUCUUGGCACAUGGGUACUUAGUUUCUUAAUAUCAGCCCCAUUCCUCUCCGUGAUGACGUAUAAGCAAAGAUCUCCGACCUAUGCGAUGUGUUAUCAAAAUUGGUCGAGUACCAUUGCAUCUCGCAGUUACUACAUGUUUGUGUACACGACACUGUAUUUCAUCCCUGCAACUCUCAUGGCCUUCAUGUACGUUCUCAUAUCAAUAACUCUUCGUAAGCAGCCGCUCGGUAUCCUCACGGACAAGAAUGAUACCCAACGGAAACAGUAUAAAGCGAGGAAACGAAUGUCCCUGCUUGUUAUCGUCAUCGUGAUUUCUUUCUUUGUAUGCUGGUCUCCAUGGAAUAUUAUAGAAUUUGUAGAAAGGGGCACUAAUAAAAAAUGGAGAAAUCCUAAGCAUCUACCAGCCAUCAAGAACUACUCCGUGCUCGCAGCAAUAUUUAGCACCAAUGUGAAUCCAAUUCUCUUCAGUUUCAUGUCGUACGAAUUCCGCACAGGAUUUCGAUUCGUCUUCGUACGCAUUUCUUCGUGGUAUCUGAAACGUCGACGAUCUAGUGAAGACUCGCGAACAGGCUCAAGCAUGCGCACGGGGCAAAUGGAUUUAUCCAGACGAUCCUGUAAGCGUAGCAGUCACGGCUAUGAUGGAAACAAAACGGAGGCUCGAGCAUUGGUUUAGGUGAACCGUUUGAGCCGAAAAGAGAUUUUCGAAAUAACACCAAGCGAACUUUAUGAUUUAUGUGCAAUCUAAAACUCUAAAGCCACGACAUCUCUAGUCUACUUUAUUCUUUAAUCCUCCUUUAUAAGUCGCGUGAGGGUCAGGUUUGAUUAUCUUUAUUGUCCUAAUUCACUCAUUAAGGAUAUAAUCAGCACAUGUUGCAAGCAUAUCUUGCAAAUGCUCUCUUCAAUAUAUUCCAGCAUUACUAUAGUUCUAUCCAUUCAAAAUUUAAAGAACUCGGAAGACAUGCGCGUGAAAUUCAUAUUUUUAAAGUAGUUUUCAAUAAUGUUCAUGUACAAUCAUGAACAAUAUUCGCUUAUUUUGGCAAGACUACAAAAAAACCGUGAACAGAUGUUUCACUCAGUGUUGUUUUAUAAAGGAUGUAUCAUUAAUUAAUGAUACAUGCAUUAAAUGAAGGGUGAAACUAAUGGACAACUCAUUGUUCCAAAGAAUUCAAACUUCUUUAAUAAUGAAUUAUCUAUGCACAUAUAAUGGAUAAUUGCAUCACUUUUUCAUAACAUAAAUAAUGUUAUUGAAUGUUAGGGAUGAAUUGAAGAAGAACUAUAACUGCAUUUAACUGCUUAGGGUAGGUUAUUUAAGUUGUUCACAUUCAGAUACAGCCAUUUGACCCUAACGCGCUGAGCUGAGACAAUAUAAAUUGAUACGCGCUGAGCGUCAAUAUAAAUUAAUACAAUUUAAUACUACGGAAGACACAUAUAUGAACAUGAUACACCAUGAAUAAUAUAACCACAAUAUUUUGCUCAAAAUUAACUAGUAUUAUUAAUUAUAGUAUAUAAAAUGAUUGUGUGAAAACAAAGUGUAAUCGCAAAGGUAAUAUGUAUCGGGGAAAGCAACAUUUUAAGAAUUGUAAAUAUUUUAUGCUUAUAAAUAAAUACACUACAUUACAUUGUUGCAUCACUCAAACUAAA